AUGUGCUCUAGACCAUUCCUCACGACAGGUUCUCCUCGCGACCAAAGCAUUACGAAGGGGAAGAUGAGUCUCAUCGCUCAGGUAGGCAUCGCCAGGACCGUGGCCUUUGUUUUCAGUGCCGCCGCUUCUCCUCCUCCGCCUCAUAAGCCGCCCACGGCACCUCGGUGGCCCAGAGUACGACGGCGACGAAAAAGGGAAGAAGAGUUAGCUGUACGCUCAAUUGCCGGCUCUCGUCGACAGUUUGCACACGAAACAACAUCAAAGGUCAUUACAGUCAAUGAAUUCGAUGUGCGCAAUGCUCAAUACUUGUUUGGUUUUCUCUACGCCGCAGAAUACAGACUCGCAGUCUGGAGCGCAGCUAUCAUCGAUGAACUCAAGACGCUGAUGGAGGCAUCGCUGCAACCUUUGGUCUUUUCUUCAUCGCCGCCGCCCCUACUCCUCCUCCUCCUCAUUAGCCACCCGCGGUAUCCCGAGGAUCAAGAGACAGCUCUGGCACAGUCGCCGAAAGAAAGUACGACUCAUCCAGGACCUCUUCGCUCAGUCAACUCCACCAAUCACCUUUCACCAAGACAGCAUACAGACAGCACGCCUUCACCAAACCGAUUCUUUCCAAGAAUGAGUGUCCCGAACAGCAAUCCGCCUCAUUCCAAGAUAGCUUGCCGACAAGCGAAGAGAGACGCUGAGGAACGCCUCGUCCGUUUCUUGCAGCCGAUAUGA